GUCCUCUCCACCUGCAGAGCUGCACGGCCGCACCACCUCGGACGCGAGCGGAGGACGGCACCAUGGAGGGCAAGCGCAUCAAGAGCAUCCUGAAGACCGCUAAAAGAGUGGACGCGCUGAAGCUGGGCGAGAACACCACCCGCAGCAGCUCCAUCGGCGCCGUGCGCUGGACGCUGCCCGAGGAGGACGUCCAGAUCCACAGCUCGGCCCCCAGCAGGGCCAGCAACAACCUCGCCAAACACUCGCAGCAUCCUCGUCAGGCCGGCCUGAGGGACCUGCGCAGCCUGCAGGAGUGUGUGCAGUUCAUCAACCACUGGAAGGAGCAAGUGGAUCGAGUCUGCAAGAGCGGGGACGACCCGGAGGAGGGGACCAGCGAGAAAACCCCCCAGAUAUCGGAGAGCCGCACCGGGCGCAGUCUGGAGGAGAGCCGCAAACUGAUCCUGGAGUGGGCCGACGAGCUCCAUCACGUCGACGAGUUACUGAAGGAGAAGCCGCGGGCAUCAGAGGGUGAAGAGAAGGAAAAAGAAGAAGAAGAUGACGACGACGACGACGAGAAGACCCAGCAGAGGAUCAUGGAGUGGGCGAAGGAGUUGCAAAACGCCACAGAGAGCUGCGGCGUUGAGAGCGAGGAGCUGGGUAAAGUGCUGCGUCAGCUCGGCCUGAAGAAGAAACGGCUGGUGAAGCUGCUGCCUCUGCUGGAGUUCAUCACCUGGUCUCUGCUCAAAGAGGACAGCACGAAAAUGGUUCCACAGUUGUGGUUACUGGCGAAGCAGAGGACCUGGACAGCAGGAACCCCAAGAUACAUCCCCAACUCAGUGUGGAGUUGGAUUCGCAGUGCGGCGGCUGACGUUGUUCUGGACCCGAUGACGAACCACCCCUGGCUCCAGCUGUCGGAGGACCAGCGGGCGGUCCAGGAGGGCACCUCGGAGGCGGACCUGGCCCCGGGCCCGCAGCGCUUCGACGGCUGGCCGUGCGCGCUGGGCUGGGAGGGCUACGGCGGCGGGCGCCACUACUGGGAGGUGGACGUGGCCAAAAACGGCUACUGGCGCGUGGGGCUGACCACCGCCGGCUCCAAGCGCCACGGCCGCUUCCCGAUGACCCCCGAGCAGGGCUACUGGGUCCUGUGGCGCAGCGCCAACCAGUUUUACGCGUGCGCCAAGCCGGAGGCGCAGCUGCCCGUCGGCAUGGCGCCUCGGCGCAUGGGCAUCUACCUGGACUACGAAGAGGGGCAGAUCUCCUUCUACAACGCGGAGACGAAGUCCCACAUCUACACGUUCACCGGGGACUUCGGGGGGAAGCUGUACCCGCUCUUCGCCCCGCUGGAUGGUCGCACGCGGCUGGUCAUCCAAAAGAUGGAGGAUUAAAAACCUACGGGACGCUUUUUUUUUUUU